CCUUGUAAUCUAGCCAGUCCUGUGUUUGAGCCUUGUAAUCUAGCCAGUCCUGUGUUUGAGCCUUGUAAUCUAGCCAGUCCUGUGCUUGAGCCUUGUAAUCUAACCAAUCCUGUGUUUGAGCCUUGUAAUCUAACCAAUCCUGUGUUUGAGCCUUGUAAUCUAACCAAUCCUGUGUUUGAGCCUUGUAAUCUAGCCAGUCCUGUGCUUGAGCCUUGUAAUCUAACCAAUCCUGUGUUUGAGCCUUGUAAUCUAACCAAUCCUAUGUUUGAGCCUUGUAAUCUAGCCAGUCCUGUGCUUGAGCCUUGUAAUCUAACCAAUCCUGUGUUUGAGCCUUGUAAUCUAACCAAAACUGUGUUUGAGCCUUGUAAUCUAACCAAUCCUGUGUUUGAGCCUGGUAAUCUAGCCAGUCCUGUGCUUGAGCCUUGUAAUCUAACCAAUCCUGUGUUUGAGCCUGGUAAUCUAGCCAAUCUUGUGUUUGAGCCUGGUAAUCUAACCAAUCCUGUGUUUGAGCCUUGUAAUCUAACCAAUUCUGUGUUUGAGCCUGGUAAUCUAGCCAGUCCUGUGUUUGAGCCUUGUAAUCUAACCAAUCCUGUGUUAGAGCCUUGUAAUCUAGCCAAUCCUGUGUUUGAGCCUGGUAAUCUAACAAAUCCUGUGUUUGAGCCUUGA